CAAUAAAAUCAGUCGUUACUGACGCGCACAGAAGAGUAGCUUACGGUGUUUCCUUUUUUACCCCGGUAGAGUUGGUGGCGGUAAUGCACGAUAAAUAUUGGAAGCCAACCGCCGUUAAACUUCAUCGAAGAAGAAAACUUGCAUAUGGUGGAUUUGGCGCAUGAGCACUUGGUCAAAAACAAUAACGAUUCUUUCCUGACAAGGCAUAUUUUCGGUUGCUUGUAAAUUUGUAUUUAGAUACAGGGCGGGACUGCAGUAAAUGAAGAUAGUUGCUCAGCGAAACGUCAUAUUUUAUUUCAGCUACAAUGGAUGCUUUACCAGCAUGGCCCAAGGGGAAGAAGCUGGUUCACCUGGAUCUGAAAGGAGCACCUCCUAGAAUUGAUUACUUGCACAAGCUGAUUGGUCUUUUUUCUGGUCUGGGUGCUGACGGUCUAUUGGUGGAGUAUGAAGACAUGUUCCCCUAUGAAGGCGAGCUGAAGGUGCUGCAAUCCACUCAGCAUCCACCAUACAGUCGUGAGGAGGUCCUGUCCAUUCAGGAAGUGGCCAAGUCCCAAGGGUUAGAGGUCAUUCCUCUGGUGCAGACGUUUGGACACAUGGAGUUUGUGUUGAAGCACAAGUCGUUGUGGGAGCUGAGGGAGGUGGGCCACUGCCUGGGCACUCUGAACCCCCACAAAGAGGAGGGUGUGAGGCUGGUAAAGGAGAUGCUUCGCCAGGUGGUGGAGCUCCACCCAGGCAGCACCAGCCUGCAUAUUGGAGCUGACGAGGUGUACCUGCUAGGUGAGGGAGAGGAGUCUAGACGCUGGCUGAGCACACCUGGCCGUACAGUACAGCAGCUGUUCCUCAGUCAUGUGACCAGGGUAGCAAAGGGCGUCAGGGAGGCAUGGCCAAACCUCAACAUGAUCAUGUGGGACGACAUGUUGAGAGGGAUGGACCACGACACACUGAAAGGCAGCGGUUUGGUAGGAUUGGUCCAGUUGAUGCUGUGGGACUACAACCCCACCCUAGAUGUGAAAAACACUGUAUAUCUAUUGGAGAGGUACAGUGGUGCAGGGCUAUCAGAACUGUGGGCAGCCAGUGCCUUCAAAGGUUCUACUAAUGUCCACACCUGUGUGACCAGCACACAGAGACAUGUGGACAACCAUCUACAGUGGCUACAGGUGGCAGCAGCCCUGCCUGAAGGCAUACACAUGCUGGGCAUCGCCCUCACUGGCUGGCAGAGGUAUGACCACCUGUCUGUGCUGUGUGAGUUGCUGCCCCUAGCUCUGCCCUCCCUGGCCUCAAGUCUACAGACACUCACACAUGGCCAGUUCAGCCCGGAGGCUCAGAGCAGGGUGACAAAGGCUUUGGGCAUCUCUUCUGUAGAGGUAGAAACCAUGGAAAGCUCCACUACAGGUGACUCUGUGCUGUUUCCAGGGAGGAGGUUGGCAGAGUUGGUUGUGGAACUAACAGCAAUACUGCAGUCAGAAGAACUCCGCCAUUUUGAAGACAACAUGUUUGUGAGAGGCUGGUUCACUCCUUACCACAGACAGAGAAAGACAGUCAGCCCUCUUAUUGCUCAGCAGUUACAGAGUCAAGCCAUGACAUUGUUGGCUCUUGUGGAGCAGAGAGUGGCGAUGGUGAAAAAAGAGAUGGUGCGUCUGUACCCAGCCUCCACAGCUCAGGAGUGGGUAGAGCAGCAUGUCAGCCCCGUGGUGGCUCCCCUCCAGAGGAUCCUGGAGGACACCAGAGCCAGCCUACUAGAGAUGGUACCCCAGAAUGUCUCUGCUUCUAUGGUUGGGCAGUAAGGUUUAGCCUGGGUCCCGUUGAUUGUUUUUUUGACAGAGAAAGAGAUCUAUCCGUGCAGACAGUGAGGUCCAAGAGGUAGUGAGAAAAUCAUUCCAUGAUUAUCAAAAAGCAACUUUUAUUUCAUUCUGUUUUUUUAACAAAAAAAGCACAAAUAAAUGUAUAGAAGUAAUUUUAAAUUAAAAAAAAAAGACAAGGAAAACCAGUACCUGCAGUCAUCCAGCAGCACACACUAACUGGACACAAAAUAUCUAAUGCAUUCUUUCUUUCAAGCAACAGAAGGCAUCUACACUCACCUUCCUCUUGCCAACAGAUGCAGUAACGUAGUUAAUAUAGUCCAGAUACAAUGUAAUACAGUUUACUUGUCAAACAUACCUAUUGUUAUUAACACAUUUGUCUACGGAUAGAAUGUUACCUGAGACUGGUCUUUCAUUUUGUAUAUAUAAGGCCAGCCGGAAUCUGUAGUUUACCCUAUGAAUAAUAAAUCAAAUCAAUAAAAUUUAUUACACCCUUUUUUUUACAUCAGCAAAUGUCACAAAGUGCUAUACAGAAACCCAGCCUAAAACCCCAAACAGCAAGCAAUGCAGAUGUAGAAGCUGUUAGAUUAAGUUUAUUCUAGAGGUUUUGCCUCCACAGAUUCUGUCUGACCCUAGUCAUAGGACCCAUCAAUGCUGAAAGACAUACAAGUAUUUACUUUAACAUAAAAACAGGCAAACAUUCUGAACUGAUCCCUGGAAAUCCAUGCUUGAUUAUAGUUUACGGUCACAUGCAUUCAGAUGGAUGGAUGGAUGGAUUUGCAGUGAGUAGAGACAAUCCUACUAGACCAAGAUUAUCACUUGGGAGGUCUCAAACAUACUGUGUUCCCUAAACUGUGGGAAUGUUCUGAAUGAGUAUUUCACACAUACUGAUUACAUUUAAAUAGAAAGGCACUGUGAUUAUAGGGUUGAGUCUAAUACAGUAAUGAUUGUUUUUGAAGAACAGGCAACACAACAAACUAUGAUUUUGUUUAAAUACUCUGUGGAAAACGCUACCAUUGAAGUGUAUUUAAGGCAAUUUAUACUAUCAGGGAUACUACGAAAUGCUAUAAAAUAUAUUUGGGUGCAUUUCAAGUUUGCUGUGGCUUCCCCUCAUCACCUCUUCUCCUUCUACUGCACUGAGUCCCCCUCUUCUUCGGAGUCAGUGCUGGGGUCCAGUUCAUCUUCCUCCCUGACUGCCUCUUCCUCCUGCUCCCAGCGACACUGGAGCUCCUCCAGACCCAGGAAACGCUUGAGCAACGAAGCCACCGCCUCCACAUCACUGACGGAGAGGGGGAAUAGUUGUGAUCAAGAAUAGACAGCAGGAAUAUUUUGACAAUCAAAACACUAAAUACAUUUGUCUGAUUUUACUUCUGUUCCAUGCGAAUCUUGAACUGUUAUACUAAAUAUUCUUCAAUGUUUUCAGAUCCUGGGAAACCUGUGUUCUGAUCCUUUAACACACAUCUUCCAUGUUAGGGUCUUAUAAUAGACCUAUCUCACCUGCGUCCCCCCAUGGUGGCGCUCUGUGUGAGGGGGUAGGAGAAACCUGUGGCCAGUCGCAGCACCAGCAGGUAGCCCUUCCCUAGGUAGCGCACCUUCUCCUCCUGAACACACACGUCACGCAGGUGCCUCAUGUCCAUCACCACUGAAAGACGGAGACGGGAGGAGAGGAAGGGUAUGGGGCAGGGGAUGGAAGGGAGACGGGAGGAGCAAUAGAAGAAGGAUGGAGACGGGGAGAGACCCAGUUGGAAGACCCCUGCGCUAACUGGAUUCCAAUCGUAAAACUCAUCCCAUCUGAUCUACCCUUAUUAGUAAAGGAGGUUCCAUGUGAAAGUACUGUACAGGACACAUUAGGUGAUGUUCCUCACCUUUCUCCUGGCCUCUCCUACACAUGGUGAGAAUCAGGGCAUACAGACUGAAGGUCUUCAGCUCUAUCACUUUCUUGGUUUUAUCAAACACUGCCUCCUCCCACUCCUCCAUGUUCUGCAUGGCCACGAACAGACAGCCCGUCAUAUAGAAAAGCUUCCACAGGAUACUGUCUGGAAAGACAAGAAAACAGGGAUGAGAGACGGGUAGACAUUUUUUCCCAUUCUGUCUUAAUUAUGUAAUUGAUGACUGGCAUUCAAGAUCGGACAGGUUGGCACUGGUAAUGCCUGUAAAUCAGGUUGUACCUGAGCUGUAGUAUGCAGCAGCCAGGCCAAUGGACGCAAUACCUGAAAUCAGAAAAAGGACCAAAUGCUGUGUCAAUUUAUUUUCUGACAUUGCAUUCAAAGAAAUAAACUCAGUAAAUACACACACACACAUCAUGAUCAUACCUAUGAGCAGCGACCAGGAGCGGAUUCCAGGCGAUCUCUUCAGGUGUAACAUGUUGGUGGUGUACUCCUCUACCUGCAUAUACCCCAUCUUACAGACCGACAGGCAGACAUGAAAAAAAUGGUAUACAAUAUGGAUAGGCAAAAGCAAUAUAUUAUGAAGAACCACUGCUUACUCUUGUAAUUCUGUGCUUCAAAGAACGGAGAGGAUGUAUGUCAGAAGUAGAACAUAGCCAUGUGGGUUCAAUAUUGAGGUUAUGAAUAAUGAUCACAGAUUACUGGAAACCAGGAUGUUUAAACAGGGAAAUUGUCAGUGCUGAGGAAAUGGGGAAGCAGAUCUGAAAUACAAAAUGCUAUGUUUUACUUCUGACAGAUAUCCCCCUUCUCUCUAAGAGCAGGGUUGCCAGGUCAAGCAACAUUUUCCAGACCAAUGACAACUCAAAACGUGCCCAAAAGGCCUGAAAACGAGCAGAUUUUUUUCACAGCAAGAGGAGUUGCCAUUUAUACAAUAAACCCCUUUCCAUAAUGUUACGAGACAAUUAAGGAUUAUCGUAGUAACUUGUAAUGACGUUGGAAGCAAAAAUCUGUUUCCCUCAAAAUAAUAAUUAUUGCAAGCUGUUCCUGAGACCGCUGCGCCACUCGGGAGGCCAACAGUUCAUCUACUCCAGCAGCUCUCCAGACAACGUCUUCAUUCGAGGAAAACUGUAACAUUGACGGGAAUGGAAGAAGUUAUUCUGCAAUAUAUGUCACGACGUGCGCGCGUGCUGCUCAGCCAAUAGCUGAAGUGCUCUCUCAACUCUCACACACAAACACACACACACACCCCUCCGGUCCCCCCAACCACUCACUCACAGUAACAACCUGCCCCACAGUCAGCAGCAGGUCACUGUGAAAUAUAUAUUUUAAGAUAUAUUUAUAAUUAUAUUCGUUAUGAAGGUAUUCAAUUACAAUAAAUGAAAACGUUCACGAAAGUCAUCAGAUAGAAGUAAAUUAAUCAACGAAUAUAAUCUUACAUACAUCUUCAAUGACCGCGUUUUCUUGAAUUUGAUUAUAUAAUUUUGAAUUCCAUUCAAAAACAGUGGGCAUGAUCCAGGAAGUAGGCGGGACAUUCAUAGUGUUGCCGAUCACUCAUUCAUCAUCUCGCCUAUAAGACUGAAAUAAUGUAUCCCCAUACGCCUAUUAAUUUCUCUCUUACCUUACACAUUUCAACUGGAAUCCUAAAAUGAUACACGUGGAAUAAUGUGUCAAAUCGGCUUGAUGAUAGUGACAGUUACAUGUAUAAAGUUUUAGAGAAGUCCCAAUUCAUUUCAUUUUACAGUAACAACGCACAGUGGGAAUGUGUUGAUAUCUUCCGGGUUACGUCUAUGCUGAUUAGAUGAUGACAAGAGCUACAGUUUAUCCACCCCCACAUUAUAAAAAUGUAUAGGAAACAAUAUUUCUAACAUCUUGUCUCGGAUAUUUUAAUAACACAAACCCAUAGAAGAAGAAAAAACGCAUCUCAAUCAUAUUUGAUUUUAAGAGUGUCUUACAGUACUAGAAUAUAGUCGUUGAUUUACACUAAAAGUGAGAAAAAAAACUUUUUCACAUGGCGCGUGACGCACCCAAAGGGAACCGGGUUUUACGCAUGCGCCCUUGAUUGACCGGGGCUCAAUGGAGUCACUCAUGUUCUUUUAUAGUUCAAUGGUCACGAAUUCUGAUGCCAAGCCGUCUGGAAAACCGGUCUGGAACCCUCGACUAAUUUCUACAUCAGACGGUCUUGUGACAGAAACCGUCGCGGAGUCGCAUAUUGUCCAUUAUAGCCUUUCAGUGGUAUCGUAAUCGCAUCAGAUAUUGCUGAGUAAACAUUGCUACAUAUUACCCUGGCUCAAACUCCCCUUUCUCCUUUACGAAACAGCUUGAAAGGUGUCUGAAAAACGUCCAACCG